CAUAGAACGUGAAGUCUCAUCACGUGAUAUGGACGUCUCGCCUCUUAUGUGGUUGCAUUUUUUGCUAUAAAAACAAAUUACGACAUUAGUCCACUCCCCAGGGUAUUCUUGUCACUGGUACUGUGAGUUUGCUACUCUAAGCAACAAUCAUGAGGGUCUCAACAAGCAAACUCCAGCAGAUGGCCAUUUACACCACCUUGUUGACUGGUGCUGGCUGCGGCACAAUGUAUUACCUUCUGCAAAAGAACUUCUCGCGGUCGGACUACCACCGUCUAGCCCUGGAGCAGCUGAAAGCCAACCAGACAGCCAUGGACAGUCUGGGAGCACCACCCCUGAAGGUCCACAACAUCCACCUGUCUGACCGACACAACCGGGUGGAACCUUACACCGCUGAGAUCAAAAUCCCAGUGACAGGAUCUAAAGAUGGUGGCUACCUCUACACAUCCUCAGUAAGAGACCCCCAAACACUUGGGUGGAAUUUAACGCAGGCAGUGCUGCAGCUUAGAGAGGGUCAGCGUAUUGACCUUCUCACCUUCACACCACCGUCAAAUAAGACAGAGGGACUUGAGACAGGCAGCUGGUCCUCCUGAUCUGCUCACCAGUCACCAAAACUACAGUGUGAUGUAGGUAGAACUGCUGCAAGUGUCCCCAUGUCAUCAGGCAUUGCGUCGCCAUAGCUUUAUGAAUUUAAGUGUAGAUAGUCAUAUUUGAAAAAAAAGCACCAGAGUGCAGUGCACACCAUUGGACACUUAUUUAGACAAAAGGGCAUACACAAGCUGCCUCUUGGUUUGGAAUAACCACAGUAAUGUUGAUGAUUUGACCAAUGUUUGAUGCUACUGUGUACAUGACAUUUACAUACAGGGAAAAUGAAAAAAGUGCUACGUCCAUAAAAUGUCAUGCAUAUUCAUUUUGCUCAGUCCUGAGCAAAAUGUUCAUCCUACUUGGGAGAAUGAAAGGACAAUGACAGCGCAGCAAUUGUGUCAUAUGCAGUGGUAAAAAACAACAACAUAUUCCUAGUCUAAUACAAUGCAUCUUAUGAACAGUUCUCCAGAUUAACAAUGUAAAUUGGCAGUGUUGGGGAAGCUACUCUGAAAAGAGUUUACCAGCCACCAAUUACUUCACACUGGAAGAUGUUAAGUAAACGAUAUUACUCAAUCUGCAAUGUCAUAGAAUACAAAUAGCAAGAACAGAUAACUCUGUACUAUGAUGUUAACAGAACUUUUUCUGCUUAGUCCAAAGCCAUAUCUUAAUAUCCAGCACUUGAGAAACAUUUAGACAAUGGUUCCAGUUGACCUGUACAGUAUCUGAACAACCAGAAAUGUUCUCCCAACCCUCAAAAGGAGGUAUUGUUCUAUGUUUUCAGAUUGAUUUAUUCAGAUGUGACAUUUUACAGUGAAAAUUAGAUUUGUAAAAUGUGGGAAAUAAACGUGGAAAUAAACAGUCA